CGCUUCACUGGAACAGGAGACCUGCUACAUUACGCACGGGGAGGUCGCCAAGUACGCCAGUACCGCGAGGAGACUGGAGGGCAGAGAACUCUGAGAACAAAGCUAACGAUUUUAUGUUUUUGUUCUACGAAAAGGAAGAGUUUGUUACUCCAUCCCUGUAUACAGAGUGACGUUUUGGGACAUUUGGAUAUAUUUUUCUCAGAAGCCUAUGGUUCUUUAAGACUGUUUGAGGAGAUUAAAAGGUUAUUCAGAGUGAGAGCAGACACGUUCCCUCGACUUUCUCUCCAAGGACUGCUCGGAAACCCCUGACCCUUCAUGAGAUGCCCAGGAGUUGCCUGGCAUUUGACCCUAUAACCAUGGACGUCCGAGUGCAAGCCAAUCCGAACCUCUACUUUGGUGUCAACGGGGGUCACGAUGGCGCUGAUAGAAACUCCCACAGUAAACCAUUUGAGGAUAAGGCGCUACAUUUCUUAAGCCAGGAGGAGCAGGAUUGUAUCCUCUUCUUUGAGAAGACCAUCGACUCCCUGCUAACUCCCCCAGCAGUAGAUGAGCUUGAUGGACCAGGACCCCCCAUACGGGCAUCCGCCCCCAGCCUCAGCCCCGUACCACCCCUCUCAGCCUCGGACAGACGCACCACCCCCAAGGACAUCAUAGACCUGGUUCGCCCAGCACAGCCUGAUCUGGUCCACCCCACACAUGCACCAUUCAACCCCCCCAUGCCAGAUUUCACCCAGAACAUGGUAAUGAACAACCCUGAGAGGCAUUUUGAGAACAAGCCGAGGCGUGAGGGGAUGGAAAACUUCCCUACAGAGUACAACCUGCCGCCCCCUGGCAAGGACAGUGCCCCCUAUGGCCACGCCCUGUACCAGCCUGUAGGCUCCGUCCCCACCCCCGUCCGCAUCGCCCAGAAGAUUGCAGAGCACCAGGGGAGUGUGGGGAACACCAACAUCCUCUCUUCCUCCCUCCUGUCCAACUGCCGUAGGAACCUUGAUUUAGAGAACGUAGAGAGACCACCCACCUCCCCGGAUUAUCCAAUCAAACAGGACCCGACCACCUCAGCCAAGCCCACCCAUUACCCCAACAACAUCAGCAUGAUAAUGGGCAGCAACCAGCACCACAGCCAUUCGCUGGCCAAUGUGAACCUCCAGGAUAGGAAGUCUCAGAUGCUGGCUAACCUAUCAGGGACGUCCCACCCUGUGGAGGCGGAGGAGCUCCAUGGGCUGCAGAACGCCCAGGUAAACCUUCCCACCCGCAGUGUGUCUUUCAGGGAUCCCACUCCAAAUAAGUCCCGGAUGGAGGCACUGUCCAAACUGGGCUUGACCCGAAACCACACCCACAAUAGCAGCACAAACACCAAACCCGCUGCUGCCCCGAUUCCGGUUGCCACCCCUACACCCGUUCCCAUGCCUACCCCUACACUGACACCCGUGAGUAAACCAGAUGUGGCCAGACAGGCAAAGACCUUGCCACCAGCAACAGUCAACACCAACACCUCUCAUGCAAGUAUCCAUGACAACAAGCCUGCUUCUCCGUCACCCGAAGUCUCGUCCAAGGACUUUAACAGCUAUGGCGGGAAGACCAUCGUGGUGAACCCCUCUAAGGCUGCUGCUGUAGCUCCCUCCACCAGUGGCCAUGGCAGUAAGGCCCACCCAGUGACCUCUCACAGUGACUUCAACCCUUACGGGGGUAAGACUAAGGUAAUGAAACCUGCUCCUGUUACCACAACCAGGGCUGACCUAACCCAGCCAGACAUCGAGAGCAGGGCCGUGCCUCCCCCAGCCUCCACCUCAGCCAGAGUGAUGCCUUCCCCAGCCUCAACCCCAGCCAGAGUGAUGCCUUCCCCAGUCUCCACCGCCACCCCAGCCAGAGUGAUGUCUCCCCCAGUCUCCACCUCCACCCCAGCCAGAGUGAUGUCUCCCCCAGCCUCCACCCCAGCCAGAGUGACGCCUUCCCCAGCCUCAACCCCAGCCAGAGUGAUGCCUUCCCCAGCCUCAACCCCAGCCAGAGUGAUGCCUUCCCCAGCCUCAACCUCUACCCCAGCCAGAGGGAUGCCUUCCCUAGCCUCAACCCCAGCCAGAGUGAUGCCUCCCCCAGUCUCCACCUCCACCCCAGCCAGAGUGAUGCCUUCCCCAGCCUCAACCUCCACGCCAGCCAAAAGGAUGCCUCCACCAACCUCCAGCUCCAUCCCAACCAAAGGAGAAACCAUGUCCUACGAGGUCAAGAGCUACGGGGGGAAGACCAGAAUGGUCACCCCAUCCGACACCACCCCCUCUACCAUUACCACCCCUGACAUCCUCACACACACCCUAGUGAGGUACCCCAGCAAAGCUUCAGCCCCAGUGCCUUCUCCAGCCUCCAGACCUUUCCGCUAUAGCACUCCCCCUAGCGCCAAUAGGGCGGGGGCGUCUCCCUCUUCUCCGGAGUCCCGGCCGAAGUCCGCCGUCUCCAAGCCAUCGUUCCGCUCCCAGGGGAUCACUGUGCAGUUCUCCGGACGGGGAGUGACAGAUGAGUCACGCAGAGAAGCUCUCCGGAAACUGGGACUGCUGAAAGACACUUUCUAACUCUCUGCAUAACCUCUAUUCAGCUUCCAGGUGGACAGACGUAACGAAGGCCUCUGGAGUUUUUCUGAAAGGGUGUGAGGCGUGGCAGGAGAGGAUACCUACAUUACUGUGGAAUGAUCCGGGCUGAAACCGGCACACCCGGUUCUGAGCGCUGAAUGCUGACAAACGAGUCCGACACGUCACAUGGCCUAGUUGACAAAUACACACACGCAGACAUGUACACACACAUUCGUCAAACAGACAUACACGCACUCAAACACACACGUGCACAUGCACUCAUACCCACAAAUACAUUCACCCAACAAUCCCACACUUAUAUGCAUCAAAGCACUAUCUCUUAAUUGUGCUCUAUUUAACUGUAGUCCGACGAAGUGUUUUACAUUGCCUCUGAAUCAAGACAUAUUGUACUUUACAGUAUACAUGUACCUCUAAUAUUCUCUGGGCCAAAACAGACAAAAAAAACAGACCUGUUCAAAGGGUAAUGCAGACAGCUGAAUGUCUUUGGCAUUGGCACAUUUGGCAGAGACCGACUUUUUACUACCUUUGCCACCUUCUGAUGUCACAUCCUCAGCUACCAGUGAGAAUCCUUACACGCUCUCACUCUCCAAAGAUGGAUUUAUAUACCCAAUGUAAUUACAUUGACUUUGUAUGACACUAUAAUGAUUACUGAUCAGUUUGAGCCUGGUACUGAUAAAGUGAACUGGAAUCAUUAUAAACUGGCUGUGCAGUCACCUGAGAACUGAAGAGCCUCACAACAUGUUAUUUUGUUUACCGAUUUCAGCGUCGUUGUUAUCCAGGGGGUUAUUAAGAGUGUGAUGCAUCUCACCGUUCAGCUCUUAAGAGCAUGAACAAGCACAUAGUUUGAGGGACUUUCCUGGCAGAAUAAGGUUGAAUUAACUUCACUCACUAAUUGUCACGUUUACUCCCGCUCCCCCCUCUCUACGCACACCUGCCACCAUCGUUACGCGCACCUGCGCCUCAUGACACUCACCUGGACUCUAUCACCUUCCUGAUUACCUCCCCUAUAUCUGUCACUCCCCUUGGCUCUUUCCUCAGGUGUUAUUGACUCUGUUUCUGACUAGCUGGUUCAUGUAUAUACGCUACUCGUGUUACUUGCAUUGUUCAAUGUUCAUUUAUUUAUUAAAUUCACUCCCUGUACGUGCUUCCCUACUCCCAGCGUACACGUUACACUAAUCUAUUAGAAUGUAUCUAUAUUCCCUGUGAGGACGGUAACCAUCCUACUCAUAAAUAUUGAUGAUAUCCUACUUGAUAGGUAUUUAUGCACCCAUUGAUUUCCACUGCUGCCAUAUGGUAUGUUAAAGACAGGUCACUCGGAAAGGGGUACAUUCCCUCAUGCAAGAGCAAAGCUUAGAAACGUAACAAUUGAUUGGCAUACCAAGCAAACUAAGUGACAAUUAAAAUAGUUUGCAUUCAUGUACCUCAUAUGCUCAGCUCAAAGGAUAUCAAAUUAUUGGAAGUUCUGAAGUGACCCCAUGUGUUUAUCUCCUCAUAUGACAUUUUUGUGAAUGUAAGUUACAGAAAAGAGGGAGUGCAAGACAGGCUUGAGUUUCUAGGAAAGGAGUGAUAUGUAACUACAGCGCUGGCUAAAGUGUAUUUUUACUCCAUGGACAUUCCUCCCACACAAAACCACUGGAUGUGGUUUGAAAUGUAGACUUUUACUACUUUGAGGGGGGAAAAACGUAACUUGGUGAGGACGGGCAAGGGCUUGCAAUGUCCAAAACACAAACACUGAAGCCACAGAAUCCAGAAAUACUCACAAGGACCAUUUUUUCUUGUUUUGCCCUUCUUUUGUUCAUGUACUGUAUGCUGAACUUGCAUUUGCAAUAUGUCAUUUAACUGUCAUCAUAACUGAUGCCUCUUGUUUCUCGCUGGACUGCAGAUAUAUUGGUACAUAACCCUCUGUGUGUGUGUGUGUGCGUGUGUGUGUGUGUGUGUGUGUGUGUGUGUGUGUGUGUGUGUGUGUGUGUGUGUGUGUGUGUGUGUGUGUGUGUGUGUGUGUGUGUACGUGAGUACGUGAGUGAGUGAGUACGUGAGUGAGUGAGUACAUGAGUGAGUGAGUACGUGCGUGUGUGAAACAUGUUUGAGUGAGUACGUGAGUGAGUACGUGAGUGAGUACGUGCGUGCGCGAAACAUGUUUGUCCAUUUUAAAGUUUUUUUUUUAAUGAAAAAAGUCAGACUCCGGUUUUGUAGUUCAUCUACAGUAACUCAUGAAGUAUCUAAUACACACAAACACAUACUGGGAAAAUAUACCUGUAGUUUGCAGACCCAGAGAGAGAAUCCAAAAAGACUCACGUUACAAAAUCUUUAUUUGACAUUCAAUUAACAUUUACAAAUUGUCAACAAAAGUUGCUGCUAUGGUACAACAGCGGCUUUAUAUAUUUUGCUCAUUGUCAUAUUGUACACAACGUUUAAUGUACAUCUGUGUCACCUAAUAAAGAGACUAAUAUACAUAA